AUGGUAAAUUUUGUAAAUAUCCAAAAUGAUAAGGGUGAUGGUUUAAGUUCAUUAAUAGAUAAUUUAUGUGAAAAUGAUAGAAUAAUUAUAAUUAAUGCAGUCGUACUUAAGCAGUUAACUAGUUACAAUUCUAAUAAAUUAAACAUUUUAGUUCGUCCACAAGACAACUCUUCAGUUAUGUUAUUCAAAAUUAAAAAUUUGUUAGAAAAAACAGAUUCAAUAAUUGUAAAAAAUCUUUCUGUAUUAUCUGGUACUGGUGUUUAUUCAAUAUUUGGAACUAUAAAAAAAAUUGUUAAACAUAACUAUGAGGUAAUAUCAUUAAGAUUGCAAAGUUGUGAUAAAUCAAUCUUAAAAACUCUAAGAUCUUCUCAUUUUGUCAGUGAAUAUAAAAAUAUAAACAAAAAUACAUUUGGGGUAAAAUAUGAUUAUCUUUCAAACAAAGUUGAUAUUUUAGUUAAAUCUCCAAGUAACGACUUUACUUCAUUGUCACUUAAUCAACGAAUUUGUUUGAACAAUGUAAAAGUGAAAAUUAUUAAUGAUUCAGACAUAUUUUUACUACAUAUGAAUGGAUAUAGUCAUAAUAUAAAAGCUGGUCCAAUAGAAACUGGUAUUGUAAAUUCUCUUAGACCCCCAUCUAGACAUUUUCCAAUACCAGAUGAAUUAAGACCAACAUUACGAACUAAAUUCAAAAAAAUAUCUAGUGAUGUUGAAUUAGUUUUGAAUGAUAAUAUUCAAGAGUUAAGUACAAAAAUGUCUACAUUGGAAAAUGCAGCUUUAAAUGUUCAACAAAGUACACAUAAGAAAACAAAAUUUGUAAAUUCAUCAUCUGAUGAUGAUGAUAUUGUUAACUUAUCACCGUGUCAAGAUUUUUCAUCUACGCAAAUUAUUAAUAAGGACAAUAAUGUUAAAAACAAUGCUAGUUCACUUUGCAAAAAAAACACUAAUAUUAUUGAUGACAAUUUAUUGCCUAUUGRCCAUUUAAGAUCAGCUAAUGAAGCCCAAAAAUAUAAUGAACACUCAUCACUUAUUUCAUCAAGUAAAGAUACUUUUUUGCAUAAAAGGGAAAUGUAUUCUCAAAGAGAAAUUUCACCAAGUUCUUCUACAGAUGGCUCAUGUUCACCAAGUUUCUUCAACACACAACAAGAAUCAUUAACAUUGAAUCAAGAAACUCUAUCAAAUAAUUUUAAAUCUAAGAGUAUUACAAACCUUCCUUUGAAGUGUAUAGGUUCUUGUAGACUGAUUCAUACUGUACCAAACAUAUUUGUUAGUAAUGAAAUUGUUAGUGGAUAUUGUACAAAAUGCAAUGCAUUUGUUCAAAAAUGUUACCUUAAAUUCACAACUCAAUCUUCAAAUAUGGAAUACAAAUGUCCUAAAUGUUCUAGUAUUGUACACCUUACGUUUUUUUUCAUAAUGAAUUUUCUUUAUGGAAAAGAUGAAUCAAAAGCUAUAGAAGUAUGUUGUUAUGAUAAAUAUGCUGAACACGUUAUUAGAAGAAUAUCAAGUAAAAAAAUUAAACUUGAAGAAUAUUUAUCAAACCAAAAUAAUAGGGAACUAGUUAUACAUACCAUGAAAUCUCUUAUAAAUAAUAGAACAAAAGUCAAUAUAAUUGUUUGUUUUUCACCCGAGGAUAACAAAAACAUACUUUUGGAAAUAGAUACAAAAUGUAUUGUUAUAACAGAAUAAGCAAAAUUGUUAUCUUAAGUUUUUACUUGUUUAUUUUAUAGUAUUACUGUAAAUUGUAAAAAUAAGCCGUGUAUAAUUUUUGACAGUGUUAAAU